AUGGAUGGUGAUGGUGAAGAUGCUGGAAGCCAGAACACCAGUGACGCUGCGAGUGUGACCGUGGACUCCCCCCCCCCAGUCAAAUACCACGCGAACUGGGAAGCGUGGCAGAACUACUUCGUCGACUACUGCCGACAAAGGAACAAGCGUCUAAAGAAGACGAAGAGAGGUGUGGAUGAGGAUCAGCUGGUCCCAACUGAAUUUGACCCGUACCAGCGCACGUACAUCUGUACGCACGGCUGGAAAAAGAGAAAGUCGCGCAGUGAGGGCAGCCGCCCACGUCAGCACAUCCGGCUGACAAGCUGUCCCUUCCGAUUCGUGGUACAGUGGAAUUUGGUGCGUGGAGAGCUUCAGGUAAAGAAUGGUGUCUGGUUACACAACCACCAAGUCUCGCCCGCGGCUUUCGCGACGUACCCGUCGUCGCGCGGUGUGUUUCACCCGCUGGAUUUACGACUACCUCUUAGAGCAUACGAGAACGUCGUGCAGGCGGACGUAGACAAUCUGGUGCGUGACUAUUCUUCAUCCAUGACAAACGUAGACGACAACGAGGAAACAGCGAGGGAGCUCGCAUUGUUUGCCGCAGUCGACCCCGGGAACCUUUCGUCGGUGGCCGAUACGGACUGUGGCGAGACAGGAGUGAUAUCGAUUGCAAGUGCACACAUGCGGCGUGUGUUUGCGCGUUUCAGCGAGGUGUUGCUAGUUGAUUGCAGCCAUAAGACGAAUCGAUAUAACUACCAACUACUGACGUUCGUGGGAAUGAACGAGUUUGGCGAGGGUGCAGUAGUUCAUCAGUCUCUGAUCGAGGCAAAUGGAGAUUGGCAUAUGGAGAGAGCCAUUGACCAUUUCAAACGAUUUCACCCUACGCGCAUCAACUUGCUCCAAGUGAUAGUCGUCGACAAGGAUUUGAAUGAGAUACGGGUGUUGGAGGCAAAUUUUCCUGCGGCCCGGAUCCUGUUAUGUCAUUUUCAUGUUAUUAAGUAUCUAAAGGAGAUGCGCUCGAAGCCCGAGUUCGGCAAGAUCUCAUCAGACAACGCACGCAAAAUAGACGCUGCAGUGCAUAAGAUGACCGUUGGGUGUAUUAUGCGAGCUACACUCCCCCACUUCAACAAUCACACAAACAACAGAUUGGAGAGUUACUUUGGCAAGCUGAAAGAAGGAAUAGACAGUUCGAUGUCUAUGGCCAAUUGUAUCAAGGCGUUGGUAGCAUUCGAUCGGAGGAAGCAGAACGAUUACGAAUACAGGUUGACUAGAAUUGGUCGAUUCAGCAAUUCAAACUACGACGAAGAAAUGUCGACUGUUCUGCGUUUCACUACGCACUAUGCGGCCCGCCAGAUAGAGCGGCAAUACACACUAGGGUUGGAAAAUGCCUCAAGGUACAACUUCGAGAAAGAUCCUGAAGAAUUGAGCGUCGUCAAAAUCGGUGGGAUAUUCAAAACGCAUACUCUUCGAACCGAUGACUGGAAAUGCAACUGCGAGUUUGCAGCUUCGAUGGGUUUGCCAUGUCGACAUGCUAUAGCGUAUCGGAAAUACACCAACGUCAGCGGGCCUGUGAUUCCCUGGACCCGGAUCGACGAGAGAUGGACGAACCCGACAAUAGAACUCAAGAAAGCCCGGCAGUUUGCGUACGAAAAGGAGGCUGUUCGCGCAACCCACUUGAUUGCCAGUGAAAUAGCUGACAUUGAAGACGAAGCUGAAUUCGAGAGUAUGCUGCAGUUUGUUAUGAGUCAAUGGAGAAACGUCCGGCAGAAAAAAAUUGCGGAGUAUAUCGAAGGAGACUUGAAAGAGGCUCUGAAAACGGAAGACCGGCAUGCUUUUUCUGAUGCUGAUGUAAAACGGGAGUUUGAAAUUAGCAGUAGUGAUAAUGAAGAAUGUUGUACUGGGGACGCUGCGAACUCUGAUGCGAUCACAGAGAAGAAUCCACCUGUCUCGUUAGUGUCUAUACGUCUCAACCCAAAGGCGCGGAAGGUUGGGGCCCCCAAAAAAGCCAAAAAGAAGAUAGUGGCCGGUGAACGUGCUGAAAGGAAGUGGUAUGAAGCAGCCGAGGAAGGCCGCAAGAAAGCUGGGGAAGUGACAUUACUUGCGGUGGUGAACUCGUUAGAUCACGUCCAGCCUGGGCUUCGUGAGGUGCAGAGACGUUUAUCGGGUAUCAUCGUGAAGUAUGGGGACGCAGAGUCGAGAAAGCCCAAACUGCACAUGAUGAAAAAUCCUGUAUUGAUACAGGAUCCGUUCUAUCUACUUCCUACGAAGCUGUUGGAGGCGUGCAUAAAGAUACUUCCCGUGUCCAAUUCGAAGGAAGAUGCCAUCACAAUUGACACAUCACAGACUAGCCAACCAACUGAGGAGAAGACGGGAAAACUUGUUGAAACUAUUGUCAUCAAGGACCAAGUGAAGGAGGACGGAGUAGACACGGUGUUGCUCCCGCUCAACUUUGAUAACUUCCACUGGUGCUGCGUGGUCGUUAAGGCCAACGCUAAGCGUAUCUAUUACUACGAUCCGCUAAACCACGCUUCCUACAAGAACGCUUGUAACGCAGUGGGAACUCAUCUCAAGAUCUUAGGCCUGCUAGAUUACGACGUGAUUGCCAUGAAUAAUCCUAUCCAGUUUGAUGAACACAGCUGUGGAGUGUUUGUCGGCUGGAUGUUCAUCUGUCAGGCCAUUUCACAUGACACUAUGGAAGAUGACGACAAGGAGGAGAAAACCCCUGCCCCAAGAAACACCGGAGACGACGACGCAGGGGACGAAGUGCAGCAUACGCAGAGAGCUGCACGAAUUGAAGACGCAGAGGACGAAGUUUCACCUACGCAGAGAGCUGCAGGAGUUGACGACGCCAAGAGCGAGGUUCUACCGACACAACCUGCGCAGUGA